AUGUUCAAUGUUCUCAUAGAGGUGUCUCUCUGGAACAUCAUGAUGUUGUGGUGGUACAUGUUCAAUGUUCUCACAGAGGUGUCUCUCUGGAACAUCAUGAUGGUGUGGUGGUACAUGUUCAAUGUUCUCAUAGAGGUGUCUCUCUGGAACAUCAUGAUGUUGUGGUGGUACAUGUUCAAUGUUCUCAUAGAGGUGUCUCUCUGGAACAUCAUGAUGUUGUGGUGGUACAUGUUCAAUGUUCUCAUAGAGGUGUCUCUCUGGAACAUCAUGAUGUUGUGGUGGUACAUGUUCAAUGUUCUCAUAGAGGUGUCUCUCUGGAACAUCAUGAUGUUGUGGUGGUACAUGUUCAAUGUUCUCAUAGAGGUGUCUCUCUGGAACAUCAUGAUGUUGUGGUGGUACAUGUUCAAUGUUCUCACAGAGGUGUCUCUCUGGAACAUCAUGAUGUUGUGGUGGUACAUGUUCAAUGUUCUCAUAGAGGUGUCUCUCUGGAACAUCAUGAUGUUGUGGUGGUACAUGUUCAAUGUUCUCAUAGAGGUGUCUCUCUGGAACAUCAUGAUGUUGUGGUGGUACAUGUUCAAUGUUCUCAUAGAGGUGUCUCUCUGGAACAUCAUGAUGUUGUGGUGGUACAUGUUCAAUGUUCUCACAGAGGUGUCUCUCUGGAACAUCAUGGAACAUCAUGAUGGUGUCUCUGUCAUGAUGAGGUGUCUCUGGAACAUCAUGAUGUUGUCGUGGUACAUGUUCAAUGUUCUCACAGAGGUGUCUCUCUGGAACAUCAUGAUGUUGUGGUGGUACAUGUUCAAUGUUCUCACAGAGGUGUCUCUCUGGAACAUCAUGAUGUUGUGGUGGUACAUGUUCAAUGUUCUCACAGAGGUGUCUCUCUGGAACAUCAUGAUGUUGUGGUGGUACAUGUUCAAUGUUCUCACAGAGGUGUCUCUCUGGAACAUCAUGAUGUUGUGGUGGUACAUGUUCAAUGUUCUCACAGAGGUGUCUCUCUGGAACAUCAUGAUGUUGUGGUGGUACAUGUUCAAUGUUCUCACAGAGGUGUCUCUCUGGAACAUCAUGAUGUUGUGGUGGUACAUGUUCAAUGUUCUCACAGAGGUGUCUCUCUGGAACAUCAUGAUGUUCUCAUAG